AAUCAAAUCUCAAACUGUUCUGUACCUCGAUUCUUGUUAAAAGGUGAAGGUUUAUAUUGUAUCGUACAUGAAUAGACUACUGCUUUCAUACGUGUGGCUCCCCUGUAAAACUGGCUGCUGGUUAUAAUUUACUCUACUUUAAAUUUACCAUGACACCAGCUCUCAUCCAUCCUUCCUUCCUUCUUUCCUCCCCUCCUUGCUUGGCCGCCUCCAUGUAUCGGCCCACAGCGGCGCAGUGAGACGCUUCUAAUCCUCUUUUGAUGAACUUGGUUAAUAGAGCCCCUGCGGCGGACUUUGGCUCUGUUCAUUAGGCAGCACACGACCCUCUCCACGCCCCCGGAACAGGCACUGCGCGUCUCCGCGCCUCCCCUGUCCAUAAAUUCACCAAUAAAAGUGAGGAAAGUUGACUGUGUGUUGUUAAUCUGUUGUCAGUGAACUGACUGUUUGCGCUUAUUGGCACAAGUUUGUUCAGAAGAGCGAUGCCGCCGCGUAAAAACCUCUUUGCGUCUUUCCUAUCAGUUGACCGGGAGGGAGGGGUCGGCCCCGAGGGCCCGACGCCUUUCCACGCCGAUAUACAUGCUCUGCUGCAGCGGAGCCCAGUGCAGGAGCGGCCGGGGGCAGAGCGCACGAGAGUCUGCUGCGACCACCGUGACCCUCCGUGCGCCAUCGUGGAGCUCCGGCUAGGCCCCGCCGGUGGCGCGCUGCAUUACCUCCAUCCAGACAAGUGCGCACUGGAGCGUGCGCAAAGGCGGCGACGCCUUGCUGCCAACGCACGGGAGAGGAGGAGGAUGUUGGGGCUCAACGUCGCCUUUGACCGGCUCCGGAGCGUCAUCCCCAACCUGGAGAGUGACAAGAAGCUCUCCAAAUCUGAGACUCUCCAAAUGGCGCAGAUUUACAUCGCCACGCUCAGCGAGCUGCUCCAGGAAGGCGCCUGCGGAGCCUCGGCACCGAUCCGCACACCGCGAUUCUCGGAGUCCGCUCAAUCCUCACCUGGGGCCCAAGUGCCGGCAGGGGAGCCAUCGGGGCCCGCCAGGGACUUUCACACCGGGAAGAGGAGCGGAGGGCGUGUGCGCACAGAGGAGGAGCAGAGCAGUGAUGAGGACAUAUGGGAGAGAACGACGGAGACCAAGUGACAUGUACAGACAUAACAGAAUGAAUGUUUAAAAAUGUGACUUCCUACUUUUAUACACUACUGUGAUGUAAUUGUUCCCUGUCCUUUAGUACAAAAGCUCCUGUUUUAACGUUUUUAUUGCCUUCACUAAAACGCUACAUACCUUAAAACGUUUUCUGCCAGUAACAUAAAGA